AAACAUGCUCUGUAAGCCACCUCUGUCCCUUCCUCCACCUGGUGUCUCCUGGCUCCUCAUCUGAUAGGGCAGGGUCUUCAGGCCGGUUCCGGGGUUUGGGGCAUGAUGAUUCUCUGAGCUAUCAUGCACCCCUGGACUCCUGUCUGCCCAGGCUCUGCUCCUAGGGUCAGAGACCCCCUAGUUAGACUUGACAUUGACACUGGCUGUUGGGCUCCCAGACUAGGAGCACAACACCUGGACUCUGACCUGGCUUUGCAGGCCUAGGUUUCUUGGCUUCUAGGCAUUUAGGUCUGGGAAAUGUCUCUGGGGUCAGGCCGAGAAACAAGCUGCUGUGGCUCAGCCUAGAUGUCACCCCUGUUCCCAGGGAAGCACUCCUCAUGGAGCGUUAUCAAAGCUAUGCUCCUGGUCAGGGAUUUUCAAGUACACUGGUAGGUUUGGUUUCCGGGUGUGGAGGCCAACCUUUGACAGGAGGCCUCCAGACCAGCAUCAUAUCCAGAAAGCAGGAGGCUAUGGCAGGUCAGGAACAGAACCCCAGAGUCCCAAAUUCCACUGCCAGUGUCUAGGGUUUCUGUGAUGUACAGGGAAAGUUCCCCCUCCCCAGCCUGUGUGUCCCCCUUUUUGAUAUUAAAUUUGCCAUUUCAGCUGGUACAUACUAAAACAGCAUGUUAAAUUUCCCUUUUUAAAAGAGGCUUCCCAAGAAAAACUACCCCUUGUGUGCUGUGUUUGGAAUUCCAGCGCUCGGGUAACUCCAGUGUUCUCAGAUCCUCCAGGGCUACUGCACUGGCAUUUCUGCCCACCCCACGUAAAAUCACAGCAGAGUGUCUCCCAGAAAGAAACGAAGAGUCAGGACCCCCGGGCUCUGUUCCCAUGCCCACCACUGACUUUCUGAAUCACCUUUGCCUGUUCAUUUGGCCUCUGUUUGUCUCAGCUUUUUCCCCAUUGGCUUUCUUCUACUCCCUCCAUGAGGUCUGGCUGUAAAUAGAAAUUGAGUUUAGUGUGUCUAGCUGCUCAGCAGGUUCAUGUGAGCUGGAAAGAAGUUAUACAGAGAUUUUACAAUGCUCCAAAGAACCUAAAACUGAUCCUCAAACUGUUCUGGAAAAGUUGUAAUGCUGGAGAAGUGGGACAUGUUUUGCCCAAGGGAAACAAGAUGGUCAUUUAAAAAUAUUUAGAAGACUGUCCUAUGGAAAAACUCGUCUUGGGGUGCCUAGUGUCUCAUAGGAGCAAGGGGUAGAUGUUAUAGGAAGGUGGAUUUUUGAGCCAUUAUAAAGAACUUUCUGAUAGUUGGAGCUGACCAAGGAGGAAAUGGGCCAGAGGGGAUUCAAGUCAGUGACGAGAGUAUGGACUUCAUGACUUAAAGUUACUUCUGACCUUAAAUGUGGAGCUUGUGAGACAGGGAGGCAUUAGCAGGGAACUCGAAUUGAAACCUGAUUCAGUCUCCGCUGCAAUUCACAGCUGAACAGGAACUACUGGUGCAGGGGAGCCCUGCCGCCUGAAGGUUCUCGCAGCACUCCCCUGUGCCAAGGCCACAUUCUGCCAGCACUCCCCUGUGCCAAGGCCACAUUCUGCCAGUCGAGGCUUCUCAUUUAUUGGGAGCCUGUGGAUCUUCCAGUUACCAAAGAACAAUGAUGGUUCCCCAGCUGUGUCGAAACCAUCUCCAAGCACUUUGUGAGCCUUAUUUGUAAUUCCUAAGAGACUAAAACACUUCUCCCCCAUUUUACAGUAGGAAACCCUGAGGCCCAGAGAGGUUAAAGUGUCUGGUCCAAGCUCCCCCCGGAUGAGUGAUAAACAAGAACUGGGUUUCCUUCCUCAGUCUUGAGGUUCUUCAUCAGCCUGGAUGGCGAUGGGGUGGACUUCGGCCCAGUAGGUGCUGCCACACUGACACCCCAGCGCUCUGCUGGCAUUUGGUUAGUUACACCACGCUUGCUUCUCCCUACUUAGCCAGAAGGGAAGCAGUCCUCAUUGAGGGCAAUCCCUCUUCCUCAGUGAUUCUUAACUCUUGGGGGCUUUUGGACCCUUUCAAUGUCUGAGAAAAUUUAUAGACCCUUUCCCCAGAAAAGUGUACAUAUAAACAAAACUUUGCACACACGGAUUGUGUGCAAUUUCAGGGGGCUCAAAAAUCUCUGAAGCCCAACUGUGGACCCCAGUUUAGGAACCCUUGAUCUACCUUGUCAUUGGGCAUCAGGCACGGGUGCUCAGUUUUCACAUCAUCUUAGGGCCUUGGUGAAUGGGUAAUUCCCGCAGAUAAAAGGGAACCGAUACACUCUCGUUCAGAUGGGACCUCAGGGGUCUUCAUUCAGACUUGCAGGCACUGAAUAAGAAGCUAUCAUCUUCUUGGAUAAUGUUCUGAGCCCCUGACCUGUUUAUGUGACCCGAGGCAAAUUAUUUCUCCUGGUAGGAGAAAAGGGCGUGGCAGAGGAACAGGUCACCAUCAGGUUCAAGGUUAAGUGAGCCCCAUCUUCAGCCUGCUUCUGUGAACAUGGAGGUGACCUGGAGGGGAAUUGGGUUUGGCUUUAUUUGAACAAUCCAGAGAUCUUAGAGAUAAUUUAGAAGAGAGAAUUAAGAAUUUACAAAUGGGUUAUGAGAAAUGAAAUUAUAGUCAAUUCCCAAGUAUUUAGCAAACAUUUACCAAUGCUGUUACCAUAGACCUGGCUCCUCUCUCCAGGAAGUUUUCAGUCUAAUGAGGAGACACAUAAGUAAACUGAUAAUAGAGUGAAGAUUAUCCACCCUAACAUGGAGUACAGUAUAAAUAAACCAAAUCCAUGGAUAAUCUAGAAAUUACUUGGCAUGCAUUGCAUUUUCGGGGGUGACCAAUUUACUUUCCCCCCAAAAAAGUUUGACUUGAAUAUUAGUAACUAGUUUGAAAAUAUGUCUGCUUUCCUUGAGAUUUCCCUUGCCUGUUGGACCAUGACCCAUUCAGGGUUCUUUUCCUGGGAGAUAAUUUAUUCUUCCUCUCCAUGGGGGACUAAAGGAGGUAAAGGAGCUUCAAUCACAAUAGAGAGAUGUAGGUUAGACCUUAGGAAGAAUUUUCUCCCAGUCUAGGUUGAAAGACUUUGAGACUGCCUGAUGAAGACGAGCCUCUUCACAGGACAUCUCCAGGUGUGGGGUGGAAUCUGGGUUGUUUACUCCCUGUCCUGUCUGAAAGCAAGAGACAUUCAAGAAAUGGCCCUUGUGAUGUCCCCCACCCCCUGUGGGAAGUCUGAGGAACUCUGUCCUGACAUCUAUGUUAUUUUCACAGCCUCUUAGCCUGUGGCUGUCAGGGAGGGCGCGUCUGGGUCCCGUCGAUUUUUGCACCUUUUCCAAUUCUGACUCUUCCUUCCAGUCCGGACAGUUCAAUGAGGACAUGAUCCCCACCGUGGGUUUCAACAUGCGCAAAAUCACCAAAGGGAAUGUGACCAUCAAGCUCUGGGACAUUGGGGGACAGCCCCGUUUCCGCAGCAUGUGGGAGCGCUACUGCCGAGGAGUGAGUGCCAUCGUAUACAUGGUGGAUGCUGCUGACCAGGAGAAAAUUGAGGCCUCCAAGAAUGAGCUCCACAACCUACUGGACAAACCUCAGCUGCAGGGCAUCCCGGUCUUAGUCCUGGGUAACAAGCGAGACCUCCCAGGAGCCCUGGAUGAGAAGGAGCUGAUUGAGAAAAUGAAUCUGUCUGCCAUCCAAGACCGAGAGAUCUGCUGCUACUCCAUCUCCUGCAAAGAAAAGGACAACAUUGAUAUCACCCUACAGUGGCUUAUUCAACACUCAAAGUCACGGAGAAGCUGAGACUGUGGCCCUUCACCCUUGGACCAGGGACCGUCCUCAUCUAAACCUGAAGCCGAGCUCCCCACCUGCCCCUGUUGCCCCCUCCCCCCAAGCCCACCCCUCCUCACUUGGUGUGAGGAGGGGCCUCUGGGGAUCCCAGAGUCCUAUUCUGCUGAGGUUUGAACUCCUGUUUUUAUUGUAAAAUAAAUUGCCCCCCAUUCUGGUCCCCUAACCUGUCACCCUCCCCUCUCCCUUUGUCCCUUCACCCAGCCCUGCUUCCCUCCCCUCAACAGCCCCAGCCCCGCAGCGCUGCUCUCCCCUGUCCCACUCCUAUACUUCCCUUUCCAACACUCUGUUAUUGUCCUGUGUGUACAGUAUAUAUAUGUAUAUAUAUUUUAAUUUUUUAAUUUAAGCAAAGACUAAAAUCAACCAUUUGAUGCUGCAGGGGCCAUUCAGGAUCUGGGAGGGGGGUGGUCUGGGAGAAGGAAAGAGAUGCAAGGUUGGCUUGGGGCAAAUUCAGAUGAGGAAGGUGGAGGCCAUCACUUGGGGCAGGUCCUGGUGGCCGCCCCCAUGUCCUGUGUGUGUGUUUCCACCUCCCGAUCUGGCUCAUCCCUGCAGGGCUUCAAUGCCACAGGCUGAUGGAAGCCCCCGGAGGCACCUCCUCUCUGCCCCCAGCCUUGGUAGGGCCACCAGGCACAAUGGGGUGCCAGAGACCACCAGGCCGAGGGGCAGGAAUCCAGCGUCCAUGCCACCCCAGCAGUCCCCUCCUGCCUGUUCCUGACUCCAGUUCCUGCCCCUCCCCAGGGCCCCGACCUCCAUGGCCCACCUCACUUUCUGUUCUCAUUUUGCCGAGUUGCACAAGGAGAGAACUCAGCAUGGGGGGUUGGUUCUUUGGGUUUUGGUUUUUUUUGUUUAUUUGUUUAAUUUAAUGAUUUGUAAAGUGAUGUUCCUCUUCCUUUUUUUACACUUUUCAGCUCCUACUUAACCUCUGUUUGGAAAAUGAUUCUUGUAACUACAUUUUUUUGCCUCCUAAUAACAAUGACAACAACAGCAAAAAUAAAUGACCAAUUUUGUGUUGGG